AUGUUUCACUUAGUAAUACUGAAUUUUAUUGUUGUUACUGGCACAGUAGGGCUUGAUCCAAAAUGCUCAAGUGAAUGGGACACAACCAACUCGUUCCUCAAAAUCGCUUUGGACUGGAGCAGUAACGUCGCACAAAGUGACAGCGACAAGACAAAUAUGGAAUCAGACAAUAAUAAGAUUCUCCAAGCGUCAUCUAGUCCUACGUGUUCUGCUCAUAUGGAUGAGAAAUCAUCACUAGUCACCAUGACUUUAGAUUGGGAAAGUCCAGAUAAUGCUAUGAUUGACGAAGAUACAUUGUCAGUAAAUUUCGAUUCGCAAAUUAAGGAAAUUGAAAACCGUUUAAAUCAUGUUGAGCAGGGUUGGUUGGUAAUUGGCAAAAGACGUUUUUGGUUUGGUGCACAUGAAAUGACUUGGCAAGCGGCAUAUUAUGAAUGUAUGUAUAAAGGUGGAAGACUCCUCUCGAAGGGAAUGCGUGAUCACGAGGAAAAGGGCGAAAUUAUAUCCAUAGUUCAACUUAAGAAUGCAGUUUAUUGGAUUGGGCUGAAUGAUAUUAAAAACGAAGGCACAUGGAUAUGGUCAGAUGGGACGUACGCUAGUUCCGACGAAAUACCCAGACGCAGUAAACGGAAGAAAAUACGAGAAGAUUGUGCAACUUUAUUUUGGCAGCGUGAAAACAAAAAGAAACUGCGGGGUGCAGUUGAAGAUCAAAUAUGCUCAAAUAAAUUUCGAGUCAUAUGCGAAAAAGAUUCAUUAUAA